AUGGAAGAUGAAGAGACGGAGACAUCAGUGCUGAAAUCAGAGCUGAUUCGAGAACCAGACCUCCUAUCCGACGUGUCAGAGAUGAAACAAGAUUUGAUCAAAAUGACUGCCAUCUUGACUGCAGACUCCGCAGACAAAUCCCCUUCCCUAGGAGGGUGUGGUCUAGAGAAAGGGACUGAGGAAGUUUCUGGAGAACCGUUAGAAAUAAUGGAGAAGGACUUAGAGAAAGUCAAAGAGGACCUAGAGAAAGUCAGUGAGAUACUGAGGAGUGGAACAUAUGAGGGUGAAGCGGCAGAGAAGGCAGCAAAAGCAGCUAGAAUGGCUGAGGAGUGGGUUCUCCUCUCAGACAGCGAGAUAGAAGAGGCCAAAAAGAUGGCAGCCUUAGAAAUUCAAGAGCCUGUCUUACGUGAAAGUAGAGCUAACAGAGGGGCUCCCAGACCUAAAGCCAUAAAGGACAGUGGUGACCUUAAAGAAUACCUCCUGGAUGCACCAGUAAGCUCCAAAGCAAAAGCUAAGAAAGAGACAGGUGCCCAAGAAAAAUUCACCGAUGUUGUACUACGCAAAAGUGCAAAACCAACCACUCCAACCAAAGCGCAUGACAAAACCACCACUGGUGAUGUUAAAAAGCCAGUGAGAAGGAAGGGGAAAGACCAGGGGCAGGCAGAGGAAUCAACAGAGGCAGGGGCUCUUCUAAGUGUGCCUACAGCCCCUGCCCCAACAUCACCUGUAUCCCCAGUGAUUGAGGAAACUCCCAUUGGGUCAAUAAAGGACAAAGUCAAAGCCUUACAACAAAAAGUGGAGGCAGAGCAAAAGAGCAAAAAGGUCACUGGGAGCAAGCCUUCACAUUUGCCUGUUGCGAGCAAACCUUCUCCAAAAGCCAAAGAAAGCCCUAAAUCAAAACAGGGCCCCCCCAAAUCCCCUAAAGCUGACUCUGAAAAACUUGAGGAGACCAUGUCAGUUAAAGAGCUGAUGCAAGCAUUCCAAACGGGGCAGGACCCCUCAAAGAGAAAGUCUGGGCUGUUUGAGCUCAAAACAUCCUCCACGUCAAGAUCAGAGAAAACCACAAAAUCCGAAACCGUCCAGUCAAAAUCUAUGACCAAAGCAAUAACCUCACGUGUCUCUCAACAGCGAGAAGUAUCGUUGGAUUCCAAACCUCACAAGAAAGACACCGCCCAGAAAGACAAACAGAAAGACAAACAGAAAGAAACCAAGUCAGUUGAUGCUGCCCAUUCAGAGCUAACUGAAACUGUAGACUUUGGAAAUGGUGGCCUUGAUGAUAGCUCUGACAGCUUAAAACACGAGGGUGUGGCAGACUCACUAAGUGCCAGUUCUGGGGAUGGAACCCCUCAUCUGAGCUCUGAGGACAGUUACAAACACGAGGGACUAGCCACUCCAGGCACAAGCCCUGAAAGUCUGAGUCUUUCUCCCAAAACUGGACAGCAGACCUCUUCAACUUCGGCACCAGCUGCCACAGGAGUCAAAAAAGAAAGUAAAGACACAGAGAAGUCUGGAGACUCUGGUGUAGGGACCACUGGUGACCAACUGUCUACAGAAUUGACCCUCCCUGUCUCUUCCAGCGAGGCUGCAGAUGACCACACUACAACAGGUUUGCAUGAUGGAUCCCACAGCAAAGAGAUCAAGAACACAUCAGCCAGUAUAACUUCAGAGGGACCUCACUCUGUCUCAGACCAGCAUCAUUCAAAAUCACAGCUGAAAACCACACAGGAAGAAAGAGUCCCCACGUCUGCAAAAGCUGAUAAAGACACUAGUGCCAAAAAGGCGUCAACAUCAAACGCUGAAAACAGGACCGAUGAGCAAAAGGAAGAGAGCUUAAGGAAAUCGAGGGAAACUAAAGGCAAUGAUCAGGAUGGUCGUGAGUUAGGUGGUGGCAGGCCACAGACUGGUACGCACAAAACUGGUAGCAAUGUAACAGAUGAAGUAAAAGGAGAUCAAAGGGGGCAUGCAGGAACAUCAGAACCUGAACUCAGCACAACUGCUGCCACAGGUCAAAAAAAGGAAACGUUCAAACCAGAGGUCUGUAUUUAUGAUGACACAGAAGAGGAUGAUGAGACAGUGGAACCUCCCAAAACCGAGUCAAAAGGUGUAACCGCAAAAGUAGAGACCGAUUCGUGGUCUGCCAUGCGGGAGGAUGACGCUACUUUUGCAGCUCGUGUAAAAGAGGAAGAACAGAAGAUACUGAAUCUAGCGGUCGACCGUCAGUCUCUGCAAGCUACGCCAGACACCACACCUGGCAGAACACCAACAGAAGAGAGUACACCAACCAGUGAGCCCAAUCCUUUUCUUUUCCAAGAAGGGAAGCUCUUUGAGAUGACCCGAAGCGGUGCUAUCGACAUGACUAAGAGAAGCUAUGAGGAAGAAGGGGGUGGCUUUGCCUUUUUCCAGAUAGGCGAACAGCCUUUAGAGGAGCCUGUCUUAGAAGAGAUCAAACAAGAAAGUACAAGUUCAGCAGCAGAACCCGACAUUGGCCUCAAUCUAACACUAGAGGUUAAGAAUGAGGAAGAUGAAAAAUCUAAAGAAACAACUGAUUCUCAGCUUCAGUCCCCAACUGAAGGCGAUAAGCCAGGUUCCAAAGCUGAUGCCUCCAAAUCUAAAAUCCCUAAGAUGGGCAUUUCAGCUUCAGCCAAACCUUCAAAGAAAGAGCAGACAUCACCUGAACUUUUGGAGACUAAAACAGACAAAAGUGUGAAUGAAGGAUCCCUAGAUUUAGAGACAAGUUCCCCUGACCAAAUGAUAACAAAUGUACAGACAGCAGAAACAACUGUCACUAGAUCAGUUUACUCUGAACAGGGGCAAGAGUCCUCUGAUUCCUCUCCAGAGGAGCCUCAGUCAGUGAUAGAAACCCCGAAAACAACAGGCAAGUCCAAGCAAAACACUUCCAGUAGUGUUAAAAAGACUCCAGUCAAAGCACAAGCUAAGUCUACUCCUCAAGGUCGGGCUAAAUCUUCAAUUCCUUCUCCAUCUAAUGCAUCUUCCUCUUCCACCACUCUUAAAAAGGAGGUCUCUUCAUCCACUCCUAAAAAAGAGGUCUCUUCCACCACCCUUAAAAAAGAGCCCUCCUUCACCUCUGAAUCUAAAUCUAGAAUCCCUAUCAAGGCUAGCCCUGUCAAGUCUGAUUCUACUGCCAAACGGGCUGAAUCUACCCAAGACAGAAAGCUUAAGGUCCCUGUAAAAAAGGAUACAAGGAGAAAAUCUGAGACAGAUGCAGGUCCCUCUGUGGAUGUCAAAACCAAGACAUCGUCUUCCAAAGCGAAGAGCUUCUGUGAAGGGGAGUCCACCAAGUCACCUACUAAAAAAGAACAGGGUCGUCCCUUGAGUGCCGAGUCAGCGAAAUCUAAAGGCUUCCAAUCCAGAUUGCCAGUCCGGGGCAAAAGCGGUCAGUCAUCUCAGUCAACAACACCCACUAAAGAGAAAAGUGAGCCACACAAGCAGUCCAUUGAGUUCUUUGAAGAGAUAAGUGAUGAAGCAGCAAAACUUGUGGCAAGGUUGGCACAGGCAGAGGCAGAGACAGAGAAAGAGCAAGAAUCUGUAGCUGCUAUCUCAGAUGAUGAGAGCAGUCUCAUUGAUCCAUCAAUCAUAGAAAGAGAAACUUUCCCAGAGAUGCAGUUCCCUCCCUCAGGAGACGUCUUUCCCAUUAGACCACUGUGGGACGACCCUGUUGAGACACAGAUGCAGCGAAUCCCAGAUGAUAAAGUCCAAAGUCAAGGUAUCCCCCCAGUUUAA